AUGGCAGACACCACAGAUCCCCAGGCCCCCGUCGACGAGACGCCCAUCUCUUCCGUCAAGACCAACUCUGCCCGCAAGAACUCUCUUUCCAACUACCUCAAGCACCGGCCCGAACGCUCCGAGCUUGUAGAGAAGAACAUUCUCCCAGACUCUACAGCCGCACCCGGUCUCAUCGCUCAGCAAAAAGAGCUUCAAAAACACAUGCUCGGAGACAAGCUCAAUGACAAGAUUUCGCAUCGCCCUACCCCCGAUGCCCUCCUCAAGGACGGCGUUCUACACGAGGACCCUCGCUCCCCAGAGGAGAAGUACGCCGAGGCCAUCGAGGAGGAGUACGCCAAGCGGGAGGGCGGCGCUUAA